CACAAACUCAAUAAUUUGCCUAAUCUCUACUCACAGCGUCUCUCUCUCUCUCUCUCUGCAUUUGUGGUGCUCAGUCUCUGUCAUGGCUACUCAAGGUCAAGUCAUUACCUGCAAAGCGGCGGUGGCCUGGGAACCCAAUAAGCCACUGGUGAUCGAGGACGUGCAGGUGGCUCCGCCGCAGGCCGGUGAGGUUCGAGUCAAGAUCCUCUUCACUGCUCUCUGCCACACUGAUGCCUACACUUGGAGUGGCAAGGACCCUGAAGGUCUCUUCCCAUGCAUUCUUGGCCAUGAGGCCGCUGGGAUUGUGGAGAGUGUUGGCGAAGGUGUAACUGAAGUUCAGCCUGGGGACCAUGUUAUUCCCUGUUACCAGGCAGAAUGUCGAGAAUGCAAGUUUUGCAAAUCUGGGAAGACAAACCUCUGCGGAAAAGUUCGUUCUGCAACUGGAGUUGGCAUCAUGAUGAGUGAUCGCAAGAGCCGUUUCUCUGUAAAUGGAAAGCCUAUCUAUCAUUUCAUGGGAACCUCAACAUUUAGCCAGUAUACCGUUGUUCAUGAUGUCAGUGUUGCAAAGAUUGAUCCAAAAGCUCCUUUGGAGAAAGUAUGCCUUCUGGGGUGUGGUGUUCCUACUGGGCUUGGAGCUGUUUGGAACACAGCAAAAGUAGAACCAGGUUCAAUAGUUGCUGUUUUUGGCCUUGGAACUGUUGGCCUUGCGGUUGCAGAGGGUGCAAAGGCAGCUGGUGCUUCACGAAUCAUUGGCAUAGAUAUUGACAGCAAAAAGUAUGAUGUAGCUAAGAAUUUUGGAGUUUCCGAAUUUGUGAAUCCAAAGGACCAUGAUAAGCCAAUUCAGCAGGUUCUUGUUGAUCUCACGGACGGUGGUGUUGACUACAGUUUCGAGUGCAUUGGAAAUGUCUCGGUGAUGAGGGCCGCUUUGGAAUGCUGCCAUAAGGGCUGGGGAACAUCCGUUAUCGUGGGCGUUGCAGCAUCUGGGCAGGAGAUAUCCACCCGUCCUUUUCAGUUGGUGACCGGUCGCGUCUGGAAAGGCACAGCUUUUGGUGGUUUUAAGAGCCGUUCACAGGUUCCUUGGCUAGUAGAGAAGUAUUUGAAGAAGGAAAUAAAGGUUGAUGAGUACAUAACUCACAAUUUGACUCUUGGGGAGAUCAACAAGGCAUUUGAUCUGAUGCAUGAAGGGGGUUGUCUCCGGUGCGUGCUUGCAACGGAGGCAUAAAGCGAGCCUCUCAGUCUUAUGGCAAGUUACUUGUGAAAUAGUAGACUUCUUUUUUUGAAGUAAAAAUAUGUGAGUGUAUGCCGGUGAUCAAUAAAAUCCCUCUUUAAGUCUUAAGCCGUGUCUCUUUUGCUGCCUUAUCUACCAAGUAUGUAUAUGAAUUUAUGAAUGCGAGUUCUUUCAUUGUGGUACUGAGCAUUCAUGCAUUGAUGAUAUGUGAUGAACAAAGUGCCUGUUUUUCUAUUUCAUCACAAGCUUGCCUCA